AUGGAGGCCGAGCGGCAGCGGGCGGCGGCGCCGCGCCGGGCGGGGGUGCCGAGGAUGGGCCGCCGGGCACGCCAGGACGUCCCUCCGGACGAGAAUGGCAGCAGGAAGAACUCCUCCUCUGCGUCUGCCGGAGAGGAUGAAGACCCUGAGGAAAAGGCUGACCAUGAUCCACCACCCAAACCCCCACGCCGGCAAGGAGGCUGGGCAGAUGAUCCUGUACUGGCACCUACCAAGUCAGGAAAAAAGCAUGCGGAAGAAGUAGAAGACCAUCGUCUCAGGCAGCACAGCCUGGAGGCAUCAAGUGAUGGAGGAGACAUUCCUGUGAUCCCCGACUUGGAGGAAGUCCAGGAGGAAGAUCUGGCCAUGCAAGUGGCAGCUCCCCCCAGUGUGCAGGUGAACCGAGUGAUGACCUACCAUGACCUGGACAAAGAUCUUAUGAAGUUUGCUGCCUUUCAGACUCUGGAUGGUGAGGUUGACCUGAAGCUUCUCACCAAAGUUUUGGCUCCAGAACAUGAACUACGAGAGGAUGAUGUCAGCUGGGACUGGGACCAUCUCUUCACAGAGGUAUCCUCAGAACUAGUGACUGAGUGGGAGCUGGGACAGUCUGAGAGAGAGGACCACAUCAGUCUGCCCUAGAGCAUUGGCACACCAGACAUCUCCUCAUACACACAUUCACUGUAAAUAUUUUAUCACUUUAAUUUUCUAUUCAUUUGUUUGUAUUUGAGAAUUAACUUCAGACUGGAAAUAAAUAGGAGCUUGCUCCAUAGGAAAACUGGCUUGGGAGGAGUUUGGAAUAUUUUGUAAUGAGACUCUUUGUUCUCCAAAGAGAUGAAGAAUUCCAAACACAACAAAAUAUUUACUUAUAAGCAGCCACUUCCACAUCACUGCAGCACUUUUGCAGAUAACUGUAGCAGUCAAUCUUUCUUCAACCAAAAUUUCAGCCUCUCUGGGGGACCAUCUUACAAAGCCACAGAAUGGAGUGUGGUUUUCAGUGACAGCUAUCAGAGGAGCUUAGGUUGGUAUGAAUUGUUUGCCUAGGACAUCAAGAUUAUCAUCUGCCCACAACAGAUGCCACAAGUUGUCAGGAUAUGUACUUUACGUUUCAUCCAGCAGCCUCCAGCCAUCCCUUGCUAGUUUAACCUUUCCGCUGGGACAUCACCUCUGUAUUGACUUGGAGGAAACAGCAUAACCAAUUAAACUGCCACCACUGCUUCUUAUAGCACCUCUUUUUCCCUUGAGGUAUCCCAGACAAGGGCUGACCAGGCCUAACCCGCUUAGCUUUUGCAAUCAGACGAGAUCACAAUGUGGAAGGAGAUGCUCCAGGCAAUAGGUGGCUUGCAAAGAAAAUACCAUUUAUUCCACACAUGAAAGAAUGAAGUCUGCUGCUCUGAAACAAGGUAACUCCCCGGUGUGUGUUUCCUUGGAACCAAGUAACCCACUCUCAUUGUCACCUAAAAAAAUCCAUUUAGCUGUUAAUGCCCUGUCCCCAUAGAACCGUGGUCAUUAUUUGCAGGAAGCAGUAAUAUUACUUCUAAGCCAAUGUCCUUCAAAGCCUUGUCCCACUGGAGAAUCUUGCUGUAUGCUUCUGGGGGCAGUGCAGGUGCUGGGAGGAAGGCUUUUUGUGUUGCUUUUCUUAGCUUGUUUGGUAGGCCUAAUGGAGCGCUGCAUUCUUAUUCUUGCACCGAGAGCAGGACAGCUCAGUACUCUGCAACAUUUCAGAUCAGAGUUGAUAGGCCAAAAAAAAUCUACCAGCAAGAGAGAAGCAACUGGGUCCCAGUCUGGGGCCACCAAAAUAGCACCUCCUUGAGACAGAUAAUCUUUCUAAGUUUGGUAAAAUCAAGAAAUCUCCCCUCUAACUAGAAAAUUAGGUGAGAAAGAAGCUUUGGGUCCAGUGUGUGGAUGACAGUCCUGAAAUCUUUCUAUGAGCAGAGAAAUCUGUUUUGGUAUUAAUAGAAUCUUCCCAGCUGGGCCAAUGUCCCUUUUUCUCUGACACCCCUGGCCCUUGGCCAAAGAGAAUUUAGGAUUCUUCCCAUAUCCAUGGAAAA